AUGUUGAAGCAGAUCCAAGUGAACAUUCCACUGAUUGACACCUUGAGGGAGAUGCCUGGGCAUGCAAAAAUGAUGAAGGACUUGAUGUCUCGCAAGUUCGACUUUAAAGAAUUGGCAACUGUUACACUAACUCAGACAUGUAGUGUUGUCAUGACGAGACCCAUAGUUGAGAAGCUAUCCAACCCAAGGAGUUUCACAAUUCCAUGCACAAUAGGCAGCUAUGUUUUUGCUAAAGCAUUGUGUGAUUUGGGGGCGAGCAUAAACUUGAUGCCCUUGUCUAUCUAUAAAAAUUUAGGCAUUGGAAGAGCAAGACCCACAUCCAUGUUACUACAGCUAGCCGACCGAAUGGUGAAGAGGUCAUCAGGUAUACUUAAUGAUGUACUUGUGCAGGUUGGAAAGUUUGUGUUUCCGGCAGACUUUGUCAUUCUGGACUGCCAGGUUGACGAGGAGAUUCCCAUAAUUUUGGGAAGGCCGUUCUUAGCCACUGAGAGAGAUCUGAUUGAUUUUAAACAAGGGAGCUAA